CAGUUCUCUGUGUUUGAGAUAUAGCUUUAAAAAGUGUAAAGUUUGUUUUUAAUAAUGUUUUUUUGUUUGGAAACAUGCUUCAGUUUAACGUAUUAGUUAUCCCGGGCGGUUCUGGCCUCUUAAAUUAAUCUUGCUUGGGGAUCGCUGAAACUCCCGGUGAGUUCCUGACCCCAGGCAGUCCAGUGGCAUCGCUCGACCACGACACGUCCAUAGCUAUCUAACGUUCUAGCUGAGUUAACAUCGCAAAGAGAACAUCACAAGUCAGACUACGCCGGACUGUACACUGUCCUUACCGAAAAAACACCGCAUAUUCACCAAGUUUCAGGCAUUGGACUACAAUGAACAAACAUUUCUGUUGACCAUGAAAGUGGAAGAUGUGAAGUAGGUGAAGUAGAUGAACUUACUGACUUUGAACAUCCUGUGUGACAAGUGGCCCCAAUAGUAAGCUGGUGUUCGUCUUGACUUCAGUCAUCUGGGGAGCUGCCAUUUUCUACAGGACAUAUUUGAAGCAGUCAGCACAGCAGACUAGUAGUACAAAAUGACUGCCAACUUUGAUUUGUACUUGUAAGUUUUGCACAUGGAAAAACAUAAUUGAAAAGUGACAGCUUGAGAGAACCAGGAGAGGGCAGAUGUGUUUCCAGGAAAAUAUACAUUUUUUGUAUCUACAGACUACAGCAUGUUUGCCUCUCAGUAAAGUGGGGAUGAAAAUACUGUUUAAAAGAACUAUUGCGUAAUGAUAAUUGGCAACUAGCUCGAUGGUGAGUAAUUUCUCCACAUUCACAACCAUUUGGAAGGUUUACACUAAUCAGCAGUCACCAGCUUAUGUAAUAUCUUCAUGUAGCUGGCAAAUAUAUGUUAUACUUGCUAUUUAUCCAACUAUGAGCUGCAUCAUGACAGCCAACUUUUUUAGUAAUUAAACAGCAAUUCCAUAGUUCUUGCACAAGUAGCAGGCUGGCUCGCUUGUUAACUUUAAUUAAUUCAUAUCUUAUUGACAUAACCACGUUUUCUCUCAUUGAUUGGGCUAAUAUGCUGUAUCUGAGUAUGCGUUUUUUUUAAAUAAAUUGUUCACUGAGGAUGGCAAGAUAGCGCACAGGACCACGUGUGUCCUCAAAAUUUUGGGUAACCAGUGAUUUUUAGUCUACCAGACGAAGUGCGCAGUUAUUGCACUAUAGGACAGCAUGACUGUUGCAGCUGGUGGAGACUGAGAGUCAGUACCUUAUUAACCAAAGGAAUCAGUAUUGCGCAGUAAGACAGAGAAUAUUGUGCUGAUUGAAUACUGCCCUCCCUGUUUGAUCCUAUGUCCAGCCUUGAAUAGCUGUACUUUUGUGUCCUGAUUAGAAUCAGGGCCAGCUACCUUAACAGUUACAGUAUCUUGAACUUUAGACUAUGGAGAGUGGAAUAGUUAUCUUACUAAGAAAUGGGAACCUUCCAUUCUGUUUUCAGUGUAAGUUUGUGGCAUAAUGUAUAGGCCUAAUAAUAAAAACAUGUUUUACUUUUGUAGUGAAAUUGCACAAGUGGACAGUGUAUAGUUUGUGGAAAGCACUUGUAUCGCUGAUGCUGUGGAAAGGAACGCACUGGAUGGUUAAUUUCUUCCUCUGCAUUCCAAACACCUGUUUUGACAGCAGGGGUGUUAUUGGUGGAUGUGGACGGCUAAUCUCAGUGAUUUGCUGAGAUGUCUCUGGCAUCAGCUGUAGUCCUUGUCGAAGAAAUCUAAAACACAAUCAUUCUGUUUAACCCUAUCUAGCAAACACAACUACGGCUGACCGAGGUCAUUGGGAACACAAUUUAAAACUACCUUGUGGAGCUUGAAUGUUGUGCUUUGCACUCCUGUGCGAUACUCUGAGAAUGAUUCCAUUCAAACGCAUUAUGCCUGAUUUUUUUGAUACAGCGUUGUAGAAAAUGUGGGCAUUCACACUUAACAUGCAGUACACAUGGCAUUAUUUUACCUUUAAGGUGCAAAGCUGUUAAUGCAUGGUUAUUUCUUUUUUUAAUCUUAUAUGGAGUUCUGCCUGUGUAUUCAUUGAGAUAAGAGAUUAUUUAGUGGAAGCAUUUUGCACUUAUUUGUAAGAUAAAGUGAGAGAGCAGAUUUAAAUUCUAAUCCAGCGUAGUGUUUGAGCUGUGUUUGAUCAUGAAUUACAGCAGUGAUGAAUGCCAGCAUGGAGGCUAGUCCUGCAGGCAUGGUCACAUGACUGUCUUUACUUCCAAGCUACUGAGCAGUAGCACAGACGUUCCUCUGAUUAGAUAUGCACUCCACAAGUUUGCAUUGGGCUAUUACAAAAUAAAACACUGUUCUUCCAAGGAACCUGCAUACACAAAUUCAGCAUCAUUUUGUGAGGAUGUGUUGAAUGAGACUAUGUGUCUUAAUAACUAAAAACUGUUAUGCUAGGUAUUGAUGAUUGAGGUACUAGGUGCUGGCAUUGAGGCAGUGGUGAAGGGAGUCACUUCCUGCCAAAUAGUGAGCCCAGCUGAGUGUGACAGGGAGGUGCACUUCCUGCAUUGUUACUGUACUUUAAUGGGGAUUAAGUUGAGGCCGUUGCAUUUUUCGUGUUGGCCAUUGUCUCUAGUAGAGGAGACAGAAACUGUGACUAUCAUGAUAUACCAGUAUAUACUAUGGGCUAAGGCUUAGUUCUUUCAGAAUUUAGGGGCAAAACACAAGGACCGCUUAGUUUUUUUGGGUUAUUUCCUGUUUUGCUUAUUUAUUGUCUGACAUUUGUAAGCUUUGGAUUUUAUCUAGAAAAAAAAUCAGAAGGAUUUGGUAAAGCUUUGAUGCCAGAUUAAACCAUUUGAUUCAUCGACAUCUCAGAUUCUUCCGAGAGACCUACUACUACUUACCUUCUUGGACCUGCGGUGGCCUAUACGUUUUGUAAAGCUUUGAUCUCUCUUAAGAUCGAUACAGAUAUGGGGAGAAGAAGGAUUGGUGUGGAGAUGUCGGAGGAGGCGGUGCGCCAGACACGCAGUCAGAAGCGGGCCCUGGAGCGGGACAGCCUGCCGGGGGACGGGGACAGUAAGAAGGUGAAGCUGGAGAGGGGGGAGCUGAAGAGCGAGCCGGGCGGGGCCGCCGACGGCCCGGGGGUCAAGGUGAAGGUGGAGGCGGGGGCCAAGGUGCCCAGCCUGCUGAAGACCGGGGAGGUGAAGGCCACCAUCAAAGUGGAGCUGCAGACGGACGAGCCGGUCGACAUGAGCACGUCCAAAAGUGACUUCAAGAAGGAGCGACGCCCGCCGUCGCCCGAUGAUGUCAUAGUGCUGUCGGAUAACGAGCCCUCCAGCCCCCACAUGAACGGGCUGACCUGCGCCAAGGAGACGGACACGGAUGUUCUCAUGAAGAGCAGUCCGGACGAGCGGGAGCGCAUCAUUAAGCAGCUGAAGGAGGAGCUGCGUCUGGAGGAGGCCAAGCUGGUGCUGCUGAAGAAGCUGAGGCAGAGCCAGAUCCAGAAGGAGAGCUCGCUGCAGAAGACCACAGGAUCGUCCGGUUCUGUGGCCACUCCCCCUCCGCUCGUGAGGGGCAGUAACUCCAGCAGCAAAGGGCCUCUGCAGGUGUCGUCAGGACGGAGUUCGGGCGCGGUCAUCCCGCCCCCCCUGGUGCGGGGCGGGCAGCAGGUCUCGUCCAAGCUGGGCACGCAGAACGCGCAGAUCGUCAUGCCCCCCCUGGUGAGAGGGGCACAGCCCAUCUCUGUGUCUCCCCAGCAGAUCCACACUCUGCGGCAGCAGCAGCAGGCCCAGCACACUGGCUCGGGCCCGCCCCCCCUGCUGCUGGCCCCCCGCGCCUCCGUGCCCAACGUGCAGGUGCAGGGCCAGAGGAUCAUCCAGCAGGGUCUGAUCCGCGUGGCCAACGUGCCCAACACCAGCGUGCUGGUCAACAUCCCGCAGGCCUCCCCCACCAGCCUGAAGGGCUCCUCCAUCACCUCCCAGGCGGGGCUGGCCAGCGGCGUGACCACGGUCAACGCCAACGACUCCCCGGCCAGCCGCCAGGCGGCCGCCAAGCUGGCGCUGCGCAAGCAGCUGGAGAAGACCCUGCUGGAGAUCCCGCCCCCCAAGCCCCCCGCCCCCGAGCUCAACUUCCUGCCCUCGGCCGCCAACAACGAGUUCAUCUACCUGGUGGGGCUGGAGGAGGUGGUUCAGAACCUUCUGGACACGCUGGGCAAGGGGAAGCAGCAGGUGGCGGCGGCGGCGGCGGCCACGGCCACGGGGAGCGUGACUCCGCCCCCCAAGGACCCGUACACCUGCGCCCAGUGCAAGACGGACUUCACGUCCCGCUGGAGGCAGGAGAAGGGCGGCACCAUCAUGUGCGAGCAGUGCAUGACCUCCAGCCAGAAGAAGUCCCUGAAGGCGGAGCACACCAGCCGGCUGAAGGCCGCCUUCGUCAAGGCCCUGCAGCAGGAGCAGGAGAUCGAGCAGCGCAUCCUCCAGCAGACGGCCUCCUCCCCCGCCGCCAAGACGGGCCCCUCCUCCUCGUCCUCUUCGUCCUCCUCCUCCUCCUCGGUCUCGGCGGCGAAGGCCGAGCAGCAGGCGCUGGUGGCGCAGCAGCUGAAGCAGGCCAGGGCCUCGGCCCUGCAGCAGCACAGCCGCGGGACGCCCGUCGGCCGCCACCACUCCGCCAUCAAACCGAGCCCUGGUCAGAUGUCCCGGAGCGUGCAGCCCGUGGGGGUGCGGGGGGUCCCCCACACGUACGCGCCGUCCACGCAGCUGCAGAACGCCGUGACGGCGGCGGCGCUGGUCAGCAGGCCAGGUAAGCAUGCCAUGCGUGCAGGGGCAAAGGUCAACAGCAGCAGUAACCCCGCCCCCGGAGCCUGGAGGAAGCAGAACACCGUGACCACAGGGGUCACCAUGGCCUACGUGAACCCCAGCCUCUCGGUGCAUAAGACCUCCUCGGCCGUGGAACGCCACCGCGAGUACCUCCUGGACAUGAUCCCCUCCCGCCCCAUCUCCCAGACAGCGAACACGUGGAAAUAAUGCUAACACCUCGUAUUAUUAAUGAGAAUAAUAGUAAUAAUCACCAUUAUCACCAUAAUUACAAUAGACAGCUCCUGGACUCCAGCCGGGGACAGCGAACUUACCGACCAAUGAACGAGGGGGGAGGCAAGGGGAAACGCUCCCCGCCUCGUCCCUUCCCCUCGCCCUCCCCCUCUUUUUCUCUCUCCUUUUCCAAGCCUUUCGCCUCAGUGAGGGAGCGCUAAAACGUUGUGCAGGGACAGCGAUUCACUUGUGGGGGCCGCGGGGGGGACUUGCGUACGGAAACGAAGAGGGGCCUGAUGAGGCUUCUCCUUCUUUCACCCCGCCCCCUCCCCCCGUCCUCAAAUCUGUGCUGCGGUGAGGCCGUUGGGGCCUAGUCACGCUCCCUCGAGUUUGGGGCGGGGCCCCCAACCGCCAGGACAGCGACGUCGCACAGCUCGAACAAUAUGCGCGUUACUACAGCAAUCCUCCCAAUCUGGACAAUGAAAGACUCCACUGCGCCCCCUCUGGCCACAAGAGGAAUGGCCGGAGGCGGGGCCGCAGGUAAAAUGGCAGGGAUUGUGGUUGAGGUUAGUGGACUGUCUUUACGGAAUUCUAGAUUGCUUCAGCUUUGCAACAAAAAAAAUAAAUAAAAAAGAAAAAUAAAAUUAAAAAAAUAAAUAAAUAAAAAGACAAAAAAAUAUAUAUUGACAAACACAACCGCUUCCUAUGUUAAACCAACAGUGUGCAAAGCAGAGGAACAGGUUUGUGUUUUAAGAGGUUAUUUUGUAUGGCUGAAUGUUUUUUUCCCCCUUUUUCUAUAACAGUAGUCAUACACCAUGUGGAUGGAUAUUUUCCCCCUAUUCUUAUAACUGGACUUUUAGGUCUGGGUUUAAGUCAUGUCAAUGUUGAGGUGGUUUUACAUCUGCUGGUGUGGUGUUGGAUUUAAUUAUUUUUGUCUAGAAUUUCUGCAACUUGCAAGGAAAAAAAGAAAGUAGUACUCUUGCAAAAAAAAAUACAAUUUGAGUACAUCAGGGAGAGAAAUGAAUCUUGAAACUAUGUUGCAUAAAUUGAUUUUUUUUUUUUUUAAAGCCCUAGAGGCGUAAAUAAGCUCAAGGGUGAGGAUGGCAUCGAAAUAAUUUUACUUUUAGUCUUAGGUUGUUGUUUUUUUUUUUUUUUCUUCUUUCUCUCUUUAGGCUUUUUUUCCCCUCUGGGUACCAUUUUAUGGGUCACUGUAGUCAGAGGAAUUGUACACAUGUCUAUCAUGCCCUGAGUUUUAUCCAGCUCCAGAUUUGUUCUGUUACAUGUCCAGUAGUUCCUGUACUCCCUUUGGUUAAUUAAAAGACUGGACGCCAUUCAGAAUGUAGUUGUGUGAACCCUAGAAAGUAAAGGAAUAUUAAUCUGAUGCAAUGGAUAUUCAUCCCAGACAUUUAUCAUGUUCCUGAUGUAGCAAAGUGUUUUUUUUUUUUUCUUUCUUUCUUCACCUGCGCAAUGCCGACCGUUUUGACCAGUUGCAUCGCACAGCGUGACAGUUCCCAGAGCGGUUGGAGCAGUGACGUCACCCGUUGGGGCACGUGGAAGCCCUCCCACCCUCCCAGCGGAGAACAUUAAAGGACCUCGCUUAUGAGGAACUGCUAGAUAUUCACCUUGCGGUUUAUUACACUGGAGCCUGCAUAUGUUAGGUUUGGUUUUACCUGCUUUCAGUUUAUCGAAUACUACUAAGCCAAAGGAAACAAAACGCUCCCAGGCUUAAUGUGGUCAAGCUUAAUUUCUAGGGCAACUUAUUUUUAUUUUAUUUUUUUGUGUCCUUAUCUCAGUUAACGUGGUCAAAAAACAGCCCCUCUACUCUUUUUGAUGGUUGCGUGGAAAAAAAUUGACACCUGAGUUGGGCGAUGGUGUACUUUUUUCAACCGUCCAGGUUGUUCAACGUGUGUAACACAUCCUGGGGGUCUCUGGUCAGCAUAGCUCUGCAGACGCUUGCUCGCACGACGUCAGAUCGCUCUCUUCUUCCGUUUCGCUUUUGUUCUGUUCUGCUGUAGGUGAAUUUUUUCCCCCUUAAGUUGCAUGGAAAAUUGCAGACCAUUUCUUGUUUUAAUCAUUCUGUAGACAACCCUUAUGUUUUCCGUCGCCGCCACUACUUCAGACCACAGAAAGAGGUUGGGAUUUGUCAGCCGUUGCCCAGUCCCUGCUCGCGCAGAGUUGAGGCGACCGCGAGCCCCCGUUCCAGGCUGCUUCUGCAGCGGCCGUUUCGCUGUCCUGACUGCUGCCUCCUGCCGUCUGACAAACUAACACCAUUCCGUUUUCCUGGGGUACUAGUACUGUUUACUGCAUCGUACCCCUCCUAGUGGAUUGUACAAGUCAUGUUCCAGUUUGUUUUUGGUUUUUUUUUUCCUGCUCUAUCAAGUAAUAAAACUAAUUUUAAUCCCUUUCCUAUUUUUGUGUGAAUCAGUACCUUUCAUAGAAUGCGUUGUGUUACUACUAAAUUUUGACUACAUUUUUAAUAUAAAAAUAUAAUAGAAUGUUUCAUUCCUGCUCUGGUUUGUGUUUUAAAUGGUGAAAUGUGAAAUCUAUUGUUUCCUUGUGGUCAGUGGAAGCAAAUAUUGAAAUAUUUCCGCGUUUUCAUUGAUCCGGUAGAAAUGCAAGAGAUGUAAUGGAGACUUUAGAUUUACUCAUCUGAAUAACGAAUCCAGAUCCCUGCACAACAUUUAUUAUUAUUUUUUUUGUGUGAAAUUUUUUUCAAAAUUUUGGAAUCCAGGCUUGGAGGACCUGGACUAGCAGCCCUUGAAUACACCUAGAUUAGCCGUAUAACGCACUCUUAAAACUGACUGCACGUGUUAAUUUCUCUAUUGAUUCUCCAUUUUUCGAACGCCCCGUGAACAUCAAGAUAUCACUGCACGGUUUUCACGUAGAAAGUAGGCGGGAAGAGCGAUCUAUGAGUGUAACUAAUCUUAAGGUUUUUGAAGUGAUUUCACUCACCUAAUUAACCACGCAAUUAGUCUUCCUUUCAUUCCUGAACAGCUGGGAACUGCAUUUUACAGUGGCUGAACUCCGCCAAAGAUGUUUUACCUUAAAAAGCAAUGAUCAUUGUACGCCCUGCUCAACAUUUUUGCGAGUAAAUGAUCGUAACUUUAAACAAGAUUGUAAAUGGCAAAUAAACGAUUUUUCUUGUAAAUAAAAAUAAGUUUGAACUCA